CGUCAGGGGUGGGAGAUGCUUCCAUCGGGAAAGAACGGUUAGAGGGACUCGCGACGCAGAAGGCCGCGGGAGAAGCUGUACGUGCUCGUUGCAAAAUGGCCACGUCCGACUCCAAAGCGCCUCUGCGAACCGUGAAAAGGGUCCAAUUUGGCAUUCUUUCACCCGAUGAAAUACGUCGGAUGUCUGUCACAGAUGGCGGCAUUCGCUUUCCAGAAACCAUGGAAGGUGGUCGCCCUAAGCUUGGGGGUCUCAUGGACCCGAGGCAGGGUGUCAUCGACAGAAAUUCUCGGUGCCAGACAUGCGCCGGUAACAUGACCGAAUGCCCAGGGCACUUUGGUCAUAUAGAUUUGGCCAAACCAGUCUUUCACGUUGGUUUUAUAACAAAAACAAUAAAGCUUUUAAGAUGCGUGUGUUUUUAUUGUUCAAAAAUGCUCGUUAGUCCGCACAAUCCGAAAAUAAAAGAAAUCGUCAUGAAAACUAAAGGUCAGCCGCGUAAACGUCUGACGUUCGUUUACGAUUUAUGUAAAAGUAAAAAUAUUUGCGAGGGCGGAGACGAAAUGGAUAUCAACAAGGAAAAUCAGGAGCAACAGCCCACGGAUAGGAAACCAGGACACGGUGGUUGCGGUAGAUACCAACCUAAUCUUAGGAGAUCGGGUCUGGACGUUACCGCGGAAUGGAAAGACGUAAAUGAAGAUUCACAAGAGAAGAAAAUAGCAGUAACCGCUGAAAGAGCAUGGGAAAUUUUAAAACAUAUCACAGACGAAGAGUCGUUUAUUCUUGGAAUGGACCCAAAAUUCGCUCGUCCUGAUUGGAUGGUCGUAACAGUUUUACCUGUUCCACCUUUAUCGGUUAGACCAGCGGUUAUUAUGUACGGUUCUGCUAAAAAUCAGGACGACUUGACGCACAAACUUGCGGAUAUCAUAAAAUCGAACAACGAAUUGAUUAGAAACGAGCAGGCUGGAGCGGCGGCACACGUAAUAUCGGAGAACAUAAAGAUGUUGCAAUUUCACGUAGCGACACUGGUCGACAACGAUAUGCCUGGAAUGCCAAGAGCGAUGCAAAAGUCAGGAAAACCAUUGAAAGCUAUAAAAGCGAGACUGAAAGGAAAAGAAGGUAGAAUCAGAGGUAACUUGAUGGGUAAACGCGUCGACUUCUCAGCUCGUACCGUCAUCACACCAGAUCCAAAUUUACGCAUCGACCAAGUAGGCGUGCCUCGAAGUAUCGCCCAAAACUUAACAUUCCCCGAAAUCGUGACGCCUUUUAACAUUGACAAAAUGCAAGAACUCGUCAGACGCGGAAACUCUCAGUAUCCAGGUGCUAAGUACAUCGUUAGAGACAACGGUGAGAGAAUCGAUUUAAGAUUUCACCCGAAACCGUCCGAUCUCCAUCUACAAUGCGGGUAUAGAGUGGAGCGUCACAUUCGUGAUGGCGAUUUGGUGAUCUUCAAUCGUCAGCCAACUCUGCACAAGAUGAGUAUGAUGGGUCACAGAGUGAAAGUUCUGCCAUGGAGUACAUUCCGUAUGAAUCUCAGCUGUACGUCACCCUACAACGCUGAUUUCGACGGUGACGAGAUGAACCUGCACGUCCCGCAAUCGAUGGAGACUCGCGCAGAAGUGGAGAACAUCCACGUGACGCCGCGUCAGAUCAUCACGCCGCAAGCCAACAAACCCGUCAUGGGUAUCGUACAGGACACGCUUACAGCUGUGCGAAAAAUGACGAAAAGAGACGUAUUCAUAGAAAAGGAACAAAUGAUGAACAUCCUGAUGUUCUUGCCAAGCUGGGACGGCAAGAUGCCUCAACCAUGUAUAUUGAAACCGAAGCCUCUGUGGACUGGCAAACAAAUUUUCUCCUUGAUUAUACCAGGCAACGUAAAUAUGAUAAGAACUCACAGCACGCAUCCAGAUGAGGAGGACGACGGUCCGUACAAAUGGAUAUCCCCUGGCGACACAAAGGUCAUGGUAGAACACGGGGAACUCGUGAUGGGUAUCCUCUGUAAGAAAACUCUGGGUACAUCCGCAGGUUCUCUUCUCCACAUUUGUAUGCUGGAGCUGGGUCACGAAGUUUGCGGACGGUUUUACGGAAAUAUUCAGACUGUGAUUAACAACUGGUUGCUGCUGGAAGGUCACUCUAUCGGUAUCGGUGAUACUAUCGCUGAUCCGCAGACUUACUUGGAAAUUCAGAAAGCGAUCAAAAAGGCUAAAGAGGAUGUAAUAGAGGUGAUUCAAAAGGCUCACAACAUGGAGCUGGAACCUACUCCUGGUAACACUUUGAGGCAGACUUUCGAGAAUCAAGUGAACAGAAUUUUGAACGACGCUCGUGACAAAACUGGUGGCUCUGCUAAGAAAUCAUUGACGGAGUACAAUAAUCUAAAGGCUAUGGUGGUAUCUGGUUCGAAGGGGUCCAAUAUUAAUAUUUCUCAGGUUAUCGCUUGCGUGGGUCAACAGAACGUUGAAGGUAAACGUAUUCCAUUCGGUUUCCGUAAGAGAACGCUACCUCAUUUCAUUAAAGACGAUUACGGUCCCGAGUCCAGAGGAUUCGUAGAGAAUUCGUAUCUCGCUGGUCUGACUCCGUCCGAGUUUUAUUUCCACGCUAUGGGAGGUCGUGAAGGUCUUAUCGAUACCGCUGUAAAAACUGCUGAAACUGGAUACAUCCAGCGUCGUUUAAUAAAGGCUAUGGAGUCUGUAAUGGUACACUACGACGGAACGGUCAGAAACUCCGUGGGUCAGCUCAUUCAGUUGCGUUACGGCGAGGACGGUUUAUGCGGCGAAACUGUCGAAUUCCAAAACUUGCCCACUAUCAAGUUGAGCAACAAAGCUUUCGAGAAGAAAUUUAAAUUCGAUCCAACCAACGAACGUUACCUUCGUCGCAUCUUCAACGAAGAUAUCGUCAGAGAGAUGAUGGGAUCUGGAGAAGUGAUCUCCGAACUGGAGAGGGAAUGGGAACAAUUGAACAAGGAUCGUGCUGUACUCAGAGAGAUCUUCCCCAGCGGUGAAUCGAAAGUUGUAUUGCCAUGUAAUUUGCAGAGAAUGAUUUGGAACGUGCAGAAGAUUUUCCACAUAAACAAACGAGCACCUACCGAUCUUAGUCCAAUGAGAGUCAUAGAAGGUGUGAAGGAUCUUCUAGAGAAAUGUAUCAUUGUGGCUGGCGACGACAGACUCAGCAAACAGGCAAACGAAAAUGCCACUCUGUUAUUCCAAUGUUUAGUAAGGUCUACUUUGUGCACCAAGUGCGUUUCCGAAGAAUUCAGGUUAUCUAGCGAAGCCUUCGAAUGGCUUAUCGGAGAAAUUGAGACAAGGUUUCAGCAAGCACAGGUAUCACCUGGUGAGAUGGUAGGUGCUUUGGCUGCUCAGUCGCUCGGUGAACCUGCCACUCAAAUGACAUUGAACACUUUCCAUUUCGCUGGUGUAUCGUCGAAGAACGUAACUCUCGGUGUACCUAGACUGAAGGAAAUCAUAAACAUCAGCAAGAAACCAAAGGCUCCGUCCUUGACGGUGUUCCUAACAGGAGCCGCGGCGAGGGAUGCGGAAAAAGCAAAGAACGUGCUUUGUCGAUUGGAGCACACCACGCUGAGGAAAGUCACGGCGAAUACCGCGAUUUACUACGAUCCAGAUCCACAGAACACCGUAAUCGCGGAGGAUCAGGAAUUCGUUAACGUGUAUUACGAAAUGCCCGACUUUGACCCGGCCAAGAUAUCGCCAUGGUUGCUCCGUAUCGAGUUAGACAGAAAGAGAAUGACCGACAAAAAGUUAACCAUGGAACAAAUCGCGGAGAAGAUAAACGCUGGUUUUGGGGACGACUUGAACUGCAUAUUCAACGACGACAACGCCGAAAAAUUAGUCUUACGAAUUAGAAUAAUGAACAGCGAUGAAAACAAAUUCCCAGAAUUCGAGCAGGAGACCGUAGACAAAAUGGAGGACGACAUGUUCCUUCGGUGCAUCGAAGCGAACAUGCUGAGCGACAUGACGUUACAGGGUAUCGAAGCCAUUGGAAAAGUGUACAUGCAUUUACCACAAACUGAUUCCAAAAAACGCAUCGUUAUAACGGAGACUGGCGAAUUCAAAGCGAUAGCGGAAUGGUUGCUGGAAACUGACGGAACAAGUUUGAUGAAAGUACUGAGCGAAAGAGACGUGGACCCUGUUAGGACAUUUAGCAACGAUAUUUGUGAAAUAUUCCAAGUGUUAGGUAUAGAGGCUGUGAGAAAGUCGGUAGAGAAAGAAAUGAACGCUGUACUGCAAUUCUAUGGUCUUUACGUAAACUACCGUCACCUUGCUUUGCUUUGCGACGUUAUGACUGCCAAAGGACACUUGAUGGCUAUAACGCGUCACGGAAUUAACAGACAGGACACUGGCGCCCUUAUGAGAUGUUCUUUCGAAGAAACGGUAGAUGUUUUAUUGGACGCCGCAUCUCACGCAGAGGUCGAUCCUAUGAGAGGAGUGUCCGAAAACAUUAUUAUGGGACAGCUUCCGCGGAUAGGAACAGGAUGUUUCGAUUUGUUGUUGGAUGCCGAAAAAUGCAAGGCUGGUAUUGAAAUACCUAUGGCAGUGGGAGCUGGUGUAAUGGGAACCGCUGGAAUGUUCUUCGGUAGCGUCGCCACGCCCAGCAUGAGUCCUCAAAUGACUCCUUGGAUGGGCGCUACUCCUGGUUACGGCGCUUCGAGCAUGUCACCUGCACUGGGCAGUGGUAUGACACCAGGAGGUGCAUGCUUCUCGCCAUCAGGAGCGUCUGAUGCUUCGGGGCUUUCACCCGCGUAUUCCGCGUAUUCGCCUCAACCAGGAAGCCCGGGAAGUCCAGGACCCAGUAUGAGUCCGUACCCCAUGUCACCAGCAGGUGGUGCGUCACCAAGCUAUUCGCCUACAUCUCCCGCCUACCUGCCAACGUCACCGAGCAUGACACCGUCGAGUCCCAACUACUCGCCUACGAGUCCAACUUACUCGCCAACCAGUCCAAAUUAUUCACCUACGAGUCCUUCGUACUCGCCAACAUCACCCAGUUACUCGCCAACGUCGCCAAGUUAUUCACCAACGAGUCCCAGUUACUCGCCAACGAGUCCAAGCUACUCGCCAACGAGUCCUUCGUAUUCUCCAACAUCGCCCAGUUACUCGCCAACGUCACCGAGCUAUUCACCAACAAGUCCAAGCUACUCGCCCACGAGUCCUUCGUAUUCACCUACGAGUCCUAGUUAUUCGCCAACGUCACCGAGCUAUUCACCGACGAGUCCUUCGUACUCGCCAACGUCGCCAAGUUAUUCGCCUACCAGUCCCAGUUACUCACCAACGAGUCCAAGCUACUCGCCGAGUUCACCGAAUUACACGCCAGCCUCGCCGUCGUACUCGCCCACGAGUCCAAGUUACUCCCCCAGUUCUCCGCAAUAUUCGCCAGCUAGUCCCAGUUAUUCGCCGAGUAGUCCGAAAUAUUCUCCUACGAGUCCGAGUUACUCGCCCACAUCUCCAUCGUUCGCUGGAACCUCGCCACAGUACACGCCAGCCAGCCCAACUUAUUCGCCUACGAGCCCGACAUACUCGCCAACGAGUCCCUCUUACUCCCCGAGUUCACCGCAGCAUACAGCUUCGGGGAGCACGAGAUACUCGCCCAGCAGUCCAAACUACUCUCCCACUAGUCCUACGUACUCGCCCACAAGUCCUCAAUACUCGCCAUCGAGCACCAAGUACUCGCCCACGAGCCCCACCUAUACACCGACCAGUCCGAGUUACUCGCCAACGAGUCCAACGUACUCUCCGCCAGUGCCUGGAUACUCGCCUACGAGUCCUACCUACUCACCGGCGUCGCCAGCCUACGAGGCAGACGAUUAACAAGUAUUACGCAUAUCUGUACGGAUCUUGUAUGUUAAACUCUUACCAUGGAUUAGGUAUAAGCGCGAUAAGUUGUAAUUACUGCUGCUACAAUUCUAAAUUUUCUAAGCCCGUAAAUAUAUAUUUAGUAUAUAAAGUUA